UUCCUCAUUCUCUCUCCCUUCAAAAGUUUUAUAUACCCAUAGCCUAAUCAUUUCACUCUCUUUUAAACUCUCUCUUUGACAGUGAUCACAGCACUUCAUCAUGAAGCUGUCAAUCACAUUGCCAACACUGGCAUUGGUGGCAUUUGCCGCCUUCACGACUGCCACCCUCGAACAAAAACGCAACAACGUACACCACAAACGUCAUCAUCAAGCCUCCCAACAAGAGCGUCGCGCACCAGGAUCAAAAGGUUUGGGUCUACUUGAAGAAGUGCAAAAAGUGUUACAGCUCAACAAUGACCAAGAGCGUACGCAUUACAACGGUUUCCAAGGAUCCAUUUGGCCAUUAGACAUUUUAGAUCAUGCACUACACAAAGAUGCAAAACAAUCUUCUCAAACAGACUUGCAACGUGGUGCAGAUCAACCAGGUGGAAAUGCAUUUUCACCAGAUUAUCCUACUUGUCCUAAAACUGCAGGUACCCGUACCUGGAAAGAAGCAGUCGAGAAGGCACGAGCAUACAUUGCAAAGUUCACAUUGGAAGAACGUGUGAAGCUCGUCACUGGAGUUGGCUGGCAACUUGGUCCAAAACCACGUUGUGUUGGUGAUAUUGCCGCGAACGAACGAGUUGGUUUCCCAGGUUUAUGUUUGGAAGAUUCUCCGGCCGGUGUUCGAUUUGCAGAUUUGGUAAGUGUUUUUCCUGCUGGUAUAACGACUGCCGCAACAUUUUCCAGUAAUUUGACAUUUGAACGUGGAAAAGCCAUGGGUCAAGAAUUUCACAAAAAAGGUGUAAAUAUUCAACUUGGUCCAGGAAUGAAUUUGGUUCGUACGGCAGCAGGUGGUAGAAAUUGGGAAUAUGCUUCUGCCGAUCCUUACCUUACCGGAGAAUCAGCUUAUCAUACCAUCAAAGGUAUUCAAUCUCAAGGCGUUCAAGCAUGUGCGAAACAUUUGGUCGGAAACGAACAAGACAUUAACCGAAACACAUACAGUUCAAACAUCGAUGGUCGUACACUGCGUGAAAUCUAUUUGCACCCUUUCUUACGAAGUGUUCAAGCCGAUGUUACCUCGAUGAUGUGCUCUUACAAUCUCUUGAACAAUUCUUGGGCAUGUCAAAAUAGUGAGCUUAUGAACUAUCACGUCAAGACUGAAAUGGGCUUCCAAGGAUUCAUCGUGUCAGAUUGGGGAGCACAACAUGCAGGUGUUGCUUCUGCCAACAGUGGUUUAGACAUGACUAUGCCGGGCCAGCUAGAAUGUUGUUCGGCCGAUUUUAGAAACAGUUUUUGGGGUGCAAAUCUAACCCAAGCCGUUAAUAAUGGAAGCGUUGAAGCAAGUAGGGUUGAGGAUAUGGGCGUACGCAUUUUAGCCGGAUGGUAUUUACUCGGUCAAGAUGAAAAUUAUCCAAAGCCAAAUUUUGAUGCUUUUGAUCCGUUUUACGGUGAUCAUCUCACUGCUACGACUGCUCAACAUUCUCAACUGAUGCGUGAAAUUGGUGCUGCAGGUGCUGUCUUGCUUAAAAACACGAAUGGCUCUCUCCCACUCAAGAAAAACAUGCGUAAACUUGCCGUUGUGGGAGAAGAUGCAGGACCUUCAAGACGUGGUGCGAAUGAGUUUGGUGAUCGUGGAGGUGUUGAUGGUACGGUAGGAAUCGGUUGGGGUUCAGGAACGGCUGAUUACAGCUACUUUAUCUCACCUUAUGAAGCUUUGCAAAGCCGUGCACGCAAACACAACACAGGAUUCUAUUGGUCUUUCGAUAACUUUGCACCGGGUCAAGCAAUGACCAUCAGUGAUGAACGUGCAGGUGUUGAUGCUGCGAUUGUUUUCGUUCAUGCUGAUUCAGGUGAAGGUUAUAUUACCGUUGAUGGAAAUAUGGGAGAUCGCAAUAAUUUGACAUUGUGGGCAAACGGUGAUAAUUUAAUCAAAAACGUUUCUUCAGUCAACAGUAACACGAUUGUCGUCAUUCAUGCACCUUCUCAAAUCGAUGUCGAACAAUGGAUCGAUAAUCCAAAUGUGACUGCUGUCAUUCAUGCCCAUAUGGCCGGAGCAGAAGCAGGAAAUGCGAUUGCUGACGUUUUGUACGGUGAUGUGAACCCAAGUGGUCGUUUACCAUACACGAUUGCAAAACAACGUAGCGAUUAUUCUGCAGAUGUUCAAUACUUCAAAAGCCCAGAUACCGAUAAAUCACAAAUCUACUACACCGAGAAGCUCAACAUUGAUUAUCGUCACUUCGACACAGAAAAGAUCGAACCAAGAUUUGAGUUUGGAUUCGGUCUCUCAUACACCAAAUUUGAAUACUCAGGCUUGAGUGGAAAUUGGCUAAACGGAAGCUCGGCGGGAGACAAUUGGAAUACACGUCAAUGGUCUUUACCUUUGCCUGAUUGGUUGUUCGAGGACGUUUAUGAAGUUUCAUUCGAAGUCAAAAACACGGGUGGAAGUGAUGGAUAUGAAGUUCCUCAAUUGUAUCUUGGAUUCCCCACACAAGCAGGAGAGCCACCGAAAGUGUUGCGUAAAUUUGAUCGUUAUUCGAUCAAAUCCGGUCAAACGAAGCGUGUUUCAUUCAGAUUGAACAGAUAUGAUUUAAGUACUUGGGAUAAUACUUCUGCUCGUUGGAGUAAGCCAGAAGGUGAUUAUACCUUGUACGUUGGUGCAAGUUCUCGUGACAUUCGUCUUACGAAGCAGAGCUUGUAAUCAGGACAUUGAUUGAUAAUCUUAUGAUGUGUUGUGUGUUGUGUUUAUUUUGUUAGUGUGAAUUUUAAGCCAAGCAAA